ACUCGUGCACGCAUUUAUAAGGGCGUGCAUUUUCUCUCGUUUUCUGAUCUCUAUUUUAAAACAUAAGAAACGUUAAGGAUUCGCGAGUGAUCUGGCUUCGUGAUUCGAGAGGUAAACAAUGAAAGGAGCUUUAUUUUUAGUAGUCCUUGGUCUGGCGAGUGUCUGUCUUGCCAGCCCUGUGGAAAAAAUCGAAAAGAUCGGUGUCGAGCAGCAGACUGUGACCUUGACCGACCGUGCCAAGUAUGAAGAAGAAUUGAUGCGUAAACUUAAUAAUAAGUGUUCCCAAAAUGACAUAAGCAGUUGUGUCAUGUUAAAGCUCGUUACCUACAUGAAUAAAUUAUUAAAGAAAGCAUCUAUUGAAUUAACUGAUGACAUUGAAAUCAGAAAGACCAGUCAGACCACAGAAGAAGUCAUUACUUAUGAAGCUGGUAGAAGCAGCGAUGAUGAAUCAGAAUUCAUGGAGCUUGUUUCUAACAAAAUUUAUGCAUUCAUUAAAUCAAGAAGUAUUAAAUGGAGGGUUCUUCCUGAAGAUGAUGUGGUUGUUUCAGCUUCUGAAGAUGAAACUGGUUCUUUAAAUCUUGGCCUUUCUCUUGAAAGAGCUGAUAAUUCUCUUGGUGAUGCUCGAGGCAAAAAAGGAAACAACAUGGGACCACUUCUAGCAGCAGCAGUAUUGAAAAUUGGUCUCAUUGGAGCUUUAGCAUUUAAAGGUUUAGCCCUUUUAGUUGGUAAAGCUUUGCUACUCUCCAAAAUAGCCCUUCUUUUGGCUAGCAUUCUUGGUCUGAAGAAACUCUUCUCUCAUCAGAAGCACAUAACGUAUGAGGUAGUGGCUCAUCCUCAUCACUCGGCAAGUCAUACUUUUAGCUCUGAACAUGGUCAUGGAGAUAGCUACUCAAGCGGAUGGGCAAGGAACUUCCAUAGUCAAACAUUACCCGCUGAGCAGCAACGUACGGCUCAGGAGUUAGCUUACUCGGCUCACGUUCCAACAGCUUGAGUAGCUCAACUGGAAACAUGAGUAUACCGACAUACUCAUGAUGUUCCUUAGUAAUUUCAUGAAUCAUAAAUAUUUUAUUUGAUAAGACGAAGAUUAAUAGUCGUAGGUUAAGCCUGUCGAUUAUUCACAACAUCAUUACAAUCAGCCCAUGUUCAUUUCUAAUAAAUUAUUUAAAUUAAUUAUUUAUUCAGGGUCCUGGAACUCGAGCACAUGACAGUUUUUAUUUGAUGACUUGACAUUCGUUUUUUUUUUCUUGACAUUUUUUCUAAAGACAGAAGUGAAUAAACAAAACACUUGGAACAUACCAAUGAUCAAAAGAUGAACUAAAUACUAAAUAACGGACGCUAUGCGAUAUUACGAAUUACACAUGCGUAGACAAAGUGCGUGUUUAGAUUCUUAGCAAUGCAUUAUUUACAUUCUCAUGCUUUCUAGAGUUUAUUUAUUACUACCCCAGAUAUUAAAUUAUUUAAUUUUAAGACAACCAUACGUGUUCAAAUAAACCAUCUUGACUAUGAAAGACUUCAGACUGCCCGACAUAGAACAAGUAGAAAAAUUUAGGACAUUAUUUGGAGAUACGACGAGACGGUUUUUACAUUAAAUUUUUAUUUUAUUCAAAUAUUUAUUUAUUAUUUUUUUGUUUUUAAUGUGACAAUUUGUGCAAAAUAUUCGAGUUACAGGCUCUAUAGUUAUUAAGGUCUCGUCGCAUAACUCCUUUCCAUUGUUUAUUAUUUAACAACUAUAAUUAUAACUUAUUUCUUUAUUACUCAAUCUGUUGAAGUGCAAUUGUAUAAUAACUACAAUUUGUUAU